AUGUCUGAACAACUGAUAGAAGGUCUCCCUGACGCUGUUUCCCUUAGGUGUCUUGCAUGGGUUCCUUUCUAUCUCCAUCCCAAGUUGGAGCUUGUUUCUCGUUCCUGGCAAGCUGCCAUUCAUAGCCCUGAACUUUUUAGAGCUCGACAGGAGGUUGGCUCAUGUGAGGAUCUACUAUGCGUGUCCGCUUUUGACCCAGAUAAUUUAUGGCAGCUAUAUGACCCUCAUCGAGAUCUUUGGAUUACACUCCCUGUUCUCCCCUCUAAAAUCAGAAACCUUUCUCACUUUGGUGCUGUCUCUGCUGCCGGAAAAUUGUUUGUUCUGGGUGGUGGCAGUGGCGCUGUUGACCCACAGACUGGCGACCAAGAUGGCAGCUUUGCAACCAAUGAGGUGUGGUCAUAUGAUCCUGUAAUUAGGCGAUGGACACCAUGUGCAUCUAUGCUUGUGCCUCGUGCGAUGUUCGCAUGCUGUGUUUUAGGCGGAAAGAUUGUUGUUGCAGGUGGUUUCACCAGCUGUCGAAAAUCAAUUUCUCAGGCAGAAAUGUAUGACCCUGAGAAGGAUGCGUGGGAUCCAAUUCCUGAUCUCCAUCGCACUCAUAAUUCUGCAUGCUCAGGAAUAGUGAUUGGAGGAAAGGUGCAUGUCUUACACAAGGGUUUAUCAACGGUGCAAGUCUUGGACAAUGUGGGGCGUGAGUGGACGGUGGAGGAUUAUGGUUGGCAACAGGGUCCAAUGACGGUUGUUAAGGGUGCACUUUAUGUGAUGAGCCAUGGUGUUAUCUCCAAGCAAGAUAGAGAAUCAGUGAAGGUAUUGGUUUCGGCAUCUGAGUUUGGUCGCAGAAUUGGGUUUGCAAUGACUGGACUAGCAGAUGAGAUUUAUGUGAUUGGUGGGGUGAUUGUCCCUGACCAAUGGAACUUGGAAAUCAAGCCAAUGUCUGAUGUUGAUGUUCUCACGAUUGGGAGUGAAAGACCGACUUGGCGCCAGGCAGCUCCAAUGACACGGUGCCGUGGAACGAUUCUUGGUUGUACACAGUUGAGAAUUUAG